GGAGGAAAAGCCGGACGAGCCAGUGCCUUGAAUGAGUGGGAACGCCCCGUAAUGGGACGAGAAUUUCUGCUCAGGCACGUGGCUAAACCUAGUUAGGAAGCCUGCGGCGUGGAUAACAGUUCCUGGAGGACCCGCGGCUCCCGAGAGGCGAGCCCUAAGGAUGUGCGUGCUGAAGCUGCUGAUCUUCCUGGCCCACUGGGCAGUCGCCAGGGCUGGACGAGGAAAGUUCUGGCACAUCUCUGACCUGCACUUGGACCCUGACUACAAGGUCUCCGAAGACCCCCUCAAGGUGUGCCCAUCAGCCGGCUCCCAGCCGGUGCCCAACGCAGGCCCCUGGGGUGACUACCUCUGUGAUUCUCCCUGGGUCCUCAUCAACUCCUCCAUCUACGCCAUGAAGGAGAUCGAGCCAAAGCCGGACUUCAUCCUCUGGACUGGCGAUGACACCCCUCAUGUGCCCAACGAGAACCUGGGAGAGGCGGCCGUGCUGGAAAUUGUGGAACGCCUGACCAAGCUCAUCAGAGAGGUCUUUCCAGACACUCAAGUCUACGCUGCUUUGGGAAAUCAUGACUUUCACCCCAAAAGCCAGUUGCCAGCAGGGAGCAACAACAUCUACAAUCAGAUAGCAGAACUGUGGAGACCCUGGCUCAGUAACGAAUCCAUCGCUCUCUUCAGAGAAGGUGCCUUUUAUUCUGAGAAGUUGCUGGGGCCGAGUGGGGCUGGGCGAAUCGUGGUCCUCAACACCAAUCUGUACUAUAGCAACAAUGAGCAGACAGCUGGCAUGGCCGACCCCGGCCAGCAGUUCCAGUGGCUGGAAGACGUGCUGACCAACGCAUCCCGAGCCGGGGAAAUGGUAUACAUUAUUGGCCACGUGCCCCCGGGGUUCUUUGAGAAGACACGAAACAAGGCAUGGUUCCGGGAGGGCUUCAACGAAGAGUACCUGAAGGUGGUCCAGAAGCACCAUCGAGUCAUCGCAGGGCAGUUCUUCGGGCACCACCACACCGACAGCUUUCGAAUGUUCUAUGAUGAUGCAGGUGCCCCCAUCAGUGUCAUGUUCAUUACACCUGGGGUCACCCCAUGGAAAACCACGUUACCUGGAGUGGUCAACGGGGCCAACAAUCCAGGCAUCCGGGUGUUCGAAUACGACCAAGCCACGCUGAGCCUGCAGGACAUGGUGACCUACUUCGUGAACCUGAGCCAGGCGAACGCGCAGGGGGCGCCCAGCUGGGAGCUCGAGUACCGGGUGACCGAGGCCUACGGGGUGCCCAACGCGAGCAUCCGCUCCAUGCACGCGGCACUGGGCCGCAUCGCCAGCGACCAGGGCGCGCUGCAGCGCUACUAUGUCUACAACUCGGUCAGUUACGACACCCAGGCCUGCGGCGAGGCCUGCCGCACCGAGCACGUGUGCGCGCUGCGCGAGGUGGCCUUCGACGCGUACUACGCCUGCCUGCGCGCCCCCGGCGCCGCGCCCGCGCCCAGGCUCGCGCUCCUGCUCGCGGCGCUGCUGGGCCUGCGCGCGCUGCUCGCGCCGUGACCUUGGGCGCCGCCCGCUGGCACGCUGAGUUCGUCUUCCCGGUGGUAAAUGGGGGCAGCGUCACCCCGAGAGCUGGGCUUUUCCUCCUUUUCCCCCGCAGAGUGAACUGGGAUGGGACAGCCGGAUCAGGAAAUGAAGCACCAAAGACCCCACCAGAAGCACAUUUCUUUCAUGUUUUAUCC